CUUCACAACGAACGCUUUUGACUUUCCAGUAUGCCGGCUAAAUCAAUCGUUUUAAUAAGAUUUUUAGAUCAUUAAGUUUGAUGCAUGUACGUUUAUCACUAUCUGAUGGUUAAGUAGAAGUUGUAGGCACAUUUUUGUUUGAUUUCUUUGAGAUGGCGAGUCGAAAUCCAGACUUAUAUCGCUGGAAAAGGUGGUCGAAAGAAACUCCAUCAUCAACCAGCACAUCAACACAUUUGAACACAAGCAAGAAGAAAAGUCAAAGGCCUGCAACUGACGAUAUUCAGGGUUGGAUAAAGAAAGUGGAAAAAGCAUCGGACCGAGCAGCUGCAUUGACCUUUGGCCCUAGACCCAGUCACCAUGGUGAUUAUUCAGCAGCCAAUGGGUACAGAGGAGCUGCCGCAACUUUAGAGGCUGUACAUGAUCACGAUGAAGCGCACUCUGAAGCUCAAGAUCUUUUAAACCAGUGGAUGGCACAGAAGUGUGGUUUAGAUGAUGACGGUGAGGAUGAUUUGAAGUACUUUGAAGAUGACGACAUUCAAGACUAUGUGGCCUCCAAGGAAGCCGAGAAGUCGGACUUGAGAAGCCAGUGGAAUGACAUGCUGGCGGAGAACGAUCCAGUGGCUAUGGACCCGUACAGCCAAGUCACUUCAGAAGAACUUUUUCAUGAGAUAGAAACACGUGAUGAUAGUCUAGCCGUCCAAAGCAUCAUAGAUGGUCUCUUGAAGAAAGACAUUGUCAAGACAAAAUUCAAGAAGGAUCUUGGCCUGGAAGGAGAAACAGUGAAGAAGCGAGACCCAAGAACUACGAUGGCAGCAAGACAGCUAAAGGUAAAAGAAAACCGAGAGAAACGACAGCAGACAAGAGAGUCCAAGCUGAGGCAGCAGCAACAACACAAGGAUGCCCAGUCUCAGGCUCAUCAGAUAGUCAUGAAAGAGGAGCGCACUAAGGAGAUGCAGAGGCAACGAGAGGAGGCCCUCGUGCAGCAGGAGAUGGCCAGGUUGCGUAAGGAGAUGCAAGAACAGAGACUUCAGGAGGAGGCGGCGAGACAGAGAGAAAGAGAACGAGAGGCGAGACAGAAGGAGGAUCAGAGAAAAGAAGAGGCUAAGAGACGCCAAGAGGAAUUACAGAGUAGGUUGGAAGCAGACUCAAUGAUUGAGGAUGAAAGGAGAGAGAUGAGGAAACGAUUGGAAGAGCUACGAGCAGUCAAAGCAGCCCAAGAUCUUAAGUGUCUUCAAAGGCAUUUCCAUGCCUGGUACCAGACAGUCAUGACUAAGCGGUUAGCUCUAGGGAAGGCUAGGGCUGUAUGUGACUGGAGGACACUGCUGAGAGCAUGGAAUGCCUGGCGAGCUUUCGUCAGGGCGAGUCAGGCCGACAGGGAAACCAGAGAGAUUGAGCAGAGUUUUAAAGACGUUCAUAGGAAAAAUCAAAUGGCGAUAGUUCACAACCGCAAACGUAUCUUGAAGAAAUACUUGUUGGAUUGGAAACUAUGGUUACAAAACGAGCACCUCAGCAAAGACCUGGAGCAGCAACAGAAUAAAACAAAAUCCAAGAUGGCUGCCUUUUUGGAGGCAGCCGCUUCUGGAAAGCUUUGGACCAAUAGAGAAGAAGAAGAAGAAGCAUAUAGGGACAAGAGUGGAAGAAAGGAGACUUCUGAUAGGCCGGACUCAGUUGCCCAGAAAGUGGAUGACAUAUUUGGAGUCCAGAGACAACCCAGUGGGAAUAUUACCUCUGGUGGAAGCUCCGCCCGCAGUGACACUUCCAGCGUCUCUAGCACUCCAAAGAGCAAGCGCCACCACACCUCAGCAGGCCCUACAAAGCCAAAACACGCCUGGCAAGUCACCCGUAAACAUGUCAACUUGCCUAUCGAGGAAAUGCUGACAGUCGGUGACGAAGACGCGGAGCAGCCCAACCGCAAUCAGAACAAUGCUAUCUCAGACAAGGAUUCGGAGAGCGGAGUAAACAGCGCCACUGGUGGUAAACGCAAUAUCAACUACAAAACGAAUUCGUUCGAGCAUCGCUACGCUGCUCAGCAACGCAUUCUGCACGAGCAGCAGUAUCAGUUGAGAGAGCAGAAACGCUUGAUCGAAGAUCUGCAGACGGCGCAACGGCAGCAGUUACUUAAGAUGCAGAUUGGAGUACCAGCUAAAGAUGGUUCCCUUGAGGUGGUGGACAUUCCAGACAGUCUACUCAGCACAGAGAGAACGCAGCCAGAGGUCGACACCCCAUCAUCAACUGCUCGUUCAGAUCAUAGUGAUUCAAGUUCAGUCAGUGAUCAAUCCAAGAACAAGCAAACCUCAAGGCCUCAACUCCUUAAAGGAAUGAAAGAAAGAGAAGAAUCGAGGUUGAAGAUGAAGGCAGAGAGAGAAGAGAGACAUCGCAAGAAGGAACAAGAAAAACUGGCUGAGAUCAAAGCCAAGGAAGAGAAGCAAAGAGAGGAAGAUGAAGCAGAGAAGAGAGCCAAGAUUGAAAAGAGAAAAGAAGAGAAAAGACUUAUCAAGCAGAGAGAGUUUGAGAAGCAAGAACGCUUAGCACUCUUGAAUCAACAGACCGUCAGGGCUGACGAGCAUUACAGACGAUCUCUGCUUCAGAAUAAAGGGCUGAAUCCAUGGCUGAGAUUAGUCAAGUCUGCCAGACAAAACAUGCAGGUUUCUGAGGAUCAUCACAGCACUGUUUUGCUGAGGAAGUGUAUGUUUCCAUGGAGACAACAUGCAGAAGAGGUGAUGCAGGAGAAGUUUAUGAUGGCAUCGAAGCAAUAUGAGCUCAUCCUCAUUCGAGGUGCAAUGAACAGUUGGAAGAGGUAUGGACAUCUUCAAUCCCUCCAGCUACAGAAGGCUCGUCGGCACUAUAUACACAACCUGAAGAUGAGAGUCUUGCAGGCCUGGCAGGAACAUAUCACCAAUGAGAAACUUAGAAUGUGGAAGAAUGAGGAAGUAGCAGAAGAGCACAAUGAAACACGCAUUUUGAAACCUGCCUUUGUGGGUUGGCGACAGUACCCGAAGAUGCUGAAAGCAGAGCGGCUUCGCGAGAAACGCCUUGAAGACAUCCGGAAAAAAGUGUCCUCAAUUCUGCCGGACUUUGGUGUCAGCUAGAAAUAAAAAAAUUAAAGGAUGCUAAAAGGAGACUAUGCUACACCCUCCCCCAACCCUUAAUGAUGGGUCACAUGGAAAUGCCUUACCAGCUUUGCCUUUUUCUGAUGCCUUAAAACAACAAAUUCUCAAACACAGGUACCCCUUUCCUUCUUUGCAGGUGACAACGAGUGAAAUGCAUACUUGCCAACUGUUCAGAUUUUAUUGGAAUCGCCAAGAUUUUUGCGAUAACAAGCCGCAACAAAUCAGAACAUUCCUAUUUUUUGACCGUGACCCUAAUGUACAAGAUCGUAAAGUUCUGGCAAAAGAGGGCGCCAUUUGUUUUGGACUGUAGAGAUUUUCUAACGAGAUGUACAAUGUUUUACUGUACAUAAUUUGUUUGUGCACAUGAUGCCUAAUACUGGUAAGCUUUAUUUACACAACCUCUUAUGUUGCUGUCGCUGUACACUAAACUUGUAAAACCUGUGUUCCUAUAGAUGAUGUGACCUGUGACCUGUGACGUCAUAUGUUUACAAAAGAGCCAUAGAGCAUGGACUUCCUGCAGGCA